GUCGAGUUAUUAACGGAGUAACACAACUCAAUGCCUUCUUCCGGUAUUGCUUCGGUUUUGUUUCUGCAGUCAGCCUAAGCUUAUUUUGGGUGUGAUAUUACACAUAUAUCGAGCUUUCAAAUCCAAUUUAGACGUAAAUAUAAAAUAUGCUUCUUUUUUGUCCAACCUGCGGGAACGUUUUGAUCGUCGAAGAAGGCCAGAAAUGUCUGAGGUUUGCUUGUAACACAUGUCCCUAUGUACAUAACGUCACCAGAAAGGUAAAUAACAGAAAAUAUCCCAAGUUGAAGGAAGUGGAUGAUGUCCUGGGUGGAGCUGCUGCUUGGGAAAACGUGGAUUCUACUGCAGAAACCUGUCCCAAGUGUGAGCAUCCUCGGGCGUAUUUCAUGCAGAUUCAGACACGAUCUGCAGAUGAACCGAUGACCACUUUCUACAAAUGCUGCAACGCCCAAUGUGGCCACAGAUGGAGAGAUUAAUGCGUCGACUGUGUUGCCGUUGUUUUCUAUUAUGUUUAUUGUACAUUUACUUAAUAUUUCUCUAAUACUUAAACACACAGUGCCUUCAAAAUGACAAUGAAGUGUCAGCAAAAACUGAUGUACAGACUUUUAUUGAUAAAAUAGUACCUGUAUACAACUGUCAAAACAAAAUUUAACUUACAUAGUUAUACAUAUCACAGACAUUUAGAGAGCAAUCCAGAUUGGCAUUUACCUCCCCACCACAACAGUUGUAAAAACCUUAAUGCUUUUUUUUGUACAUCUUAGCAACUCAAACACAUUAAGUCACGGUGCUUAUGCUGUUAUUUUGGCUCUGCAUUUUAGUGAGCUAGACAAUGGGGCAUGCUGUUUAUGAAUAAUUGUUUUAUUUGAAUAAUUGCAUGUAAAAGCCUAUUUUAGUGAUUAUGUUAAUUGCAGACUUUUGUAUCUGUCAUGCUUGUGAUCAAGGUAGGUACAAAAAAGGGGGGACUAAUGACAGAUAAUCAAUAAACUUGUUCCCCAACAUUCUUAAUUACUGCGGCGGAGACAAAACAUUCAGCCUACAGUUAGGAUACAAUCUACAGUGAGAUCAGAUUAAAUGCCAAAACCUGUCUUUGCUGGUACACAGGAACUUUGUGGCUUCCCCUUGUAAAAAAAAAAAAAGACAAGACAAGACUACAAUGACUGAUGAGGAGGCAGGCUUUAUAAUGUAUCAGGAGGGAUAUUUGUCCUUAAAAGUGCAAAUGUUGGCUUUUUUCAAAGUACAUCAGGAACAAAUGAGCAGAAACAAAGAACACCCCAACUGUAAUUCACUCUGUGCAUACUGAAUGAAGCCUGGAACAAUAAUCAAACAAAAUGAGUCGAAAAUUACCAAAUAUGUAGACAGACGUUAACAAGGGAUUGUGAAAAAGAUUAUUCAGGAUCAAAGUCACAAAUGUUCACAGUUUUCAAUAUAAUCUUGUUAAAAGAAAGAAUAAAAUAUUCUACAUAAAUAUUAAAGAAAUUAAAUGUAAAAACAAACCAAUAAACCCCAGCUUGCUUCAUAGUGAGACUUAAAGUGACCAGUUUGUUUGCCGACGGUUUUCUUCACUCACAUGUGUAACAUUGUAACAAGCCUUCACUUGGAAAAUAAAAAGCAACCUGACCUUUG